AUGACAAAUCUUCUGUCAAAUAUGUUUUGCUUACCAAGUCCAUCCUCUCGGGCACUGGUGGUGUCAUCAAUUAUUUGUUGCUAUGUAAUUUCAUCAACAUUCGCCGACGAAUUCCCUCGGGAAAUGGAAAAACCGAACCAACUUACCACAGAGGAUAGCAACCAACCGGAUUCAAAAGUAUUAAAGUCGAGCAAUCUAGGAUUCAUCCAUGCCUUCCUCGGGUCGCUCUCGGUGAUACUUGUGUCAGAGCUUGGUGACAAAACAUUUUUUAUCGCCGCUAUCAUGGCAAUGAGGCAUCCAAGGUUAACAGUUUUCUCUGGAGCUAUUGCGGCUCUUGCUUUAAUGACUAUCCUCUCAGUACUCUUUGGAUACGCGGCGACAAUAAUUCCACGUGAGUACGUUAAUUAUAUAUCAACGGCGUUGUUCUUGUUAUUCGGGCUGAAGAUGCUGAAAGAUGGAUACUACAUGGCGCCAACAGAAGGCCAAGAAGAGCUCGAAGAAGUCCAGUUGGACUUAAGAAAACGCGAAGACGAGUUCGAGAAAGAAACCGCUGGGAUAAUAGAGCAAGAUCCAGAGACAGGUGUGAUUAAAAAAACGAAAGUUAAUCCGUGGAUGUUGUUAUCUCGGAUUUUCUUACAAGCAUUUACUUUGACAUUUUUGGCUGAAUGGGGAGACAGAUCUCAACUUACUACUAUUCUUCUUGCUGCUCGUGAGGAUGUCUAUGGUGUAAUUGUCGGUGGUGUCUUGGGACAUUCGUUGUGUACUGGAUUAGCUGUCUUGGGAGGUCGAAUGAUUGCUCAAAAAAUUUCCGUCCGUACAGUAACAAUAAUCGGUGGAGUUGUCUUCCUAAUCUUCGCACUGACUACACUUUUUAUAGACCCAACUAAGAGUACGUGA